AUGAAAAUCCUAAUCAUCAUCAUCAUCAUCCUGAAGAAUGCGCUUCCCACUUUCUCCAGUAGUCGCUGGGUGGAGCGUCUAACCCUUGCACUUUUGGGCAUCCGCGUGGCCAUCAGGUCCGACUUUCCUGUUUCACCCGCAAGUCUCGUCUUUGGGACACCCUUACGACUUCCGGGACAGUUUUUCGAGAGCGCCAUAGCACAGCAGCCAGCCCCAGACCCCUUGCUAUUCGCUCCUCGCCUGCGGGCCUGCUGUGCGGAUCUCCGUCCGCUUCCGACUUGCUCAUCGUCCAGCCCAACCUUAAUCCACCCAGAACUGGCAACGUCAACCUACAUCUUCCUGCGCCACGAUGCCACACAUAGACCUCUCCAGCGUCCGUACGACGGCCCGUACCUUGUUCACGGCCGCCAAGGCAAGACAGUGAUCAUCCAACUGCUAAACCGCCGAGAGGUCGUAUCCAUCGACAGGGUAAAGACGGCCUUCCUCUUGCCGGACGCCCCUGCUCCAGCGUCACGCAUGCCCCUGCCAACACCGGCCUUGCCUCCUGCAGCACCUGUGCCGAGAACGGUCCGCUGGGCGUCCAGCCUGCCUUCGGUGCCACUCGUGCCAUCGUGA